CCUACAAGUGCAAGGGACUAAUCAAAUUGGCCGUGAUUCUGUGUUAUUUUCUGUAUUCUCUCCGUGCUGAUGUUAUAGAAAAAUCAAAUGAUGUAGCAGAGUCAGACGUAGACCCUGGCAGUUUGCAGACCGAAAGACAGACAGAGAAUUCGGACGUGCACCAUGCUUCUGAUGAGCAGACCCACAAUGGACAGGCUCAGGACAAAAUGCAGUGGCAGGUGACAGAUGUCCCGAUGAACACUGACAACGGUGACAUUAACAGUGAGGAAUAUACACCAAUCCCGAAGGAUCAGUUCCAAGAAGAGUUAGUAAUCAAACCGCUCCAUUCAGGCGAUAUUUAUGCCAGUUUCCAGUUUCGCACGAUUUGGGACACCGAUUUCUCUCACGGAAAGAAAGGUAUGUCCCACUACAGGCUCUUUCCAAAGUCUCUGGGACAGGUGAUCUCCAAGUUCUCUGUGCGAGAGCUGCAUAUCUCCUUCACUCAGGGUUUCUGGAGGACCAUGCAAUGGGGUCAACCCUUCAUCCCAGCACCACCAGGAGCAGAACUCUGGGUUUGGUUCCAGGAUUCAGUCACUGACAUUGACAGCACUUGGAAGGAACUCACCAAUGUGCUGUCAGGAAUCUUCUGUGCUUCACUGAACUUCAUUGACUCUACCAACACUGUACAGCCCAGUGCCUCAUUCAAACCACUGGGGCUGGGGAACGUGACUGAUCACCGUUUCUUAAGGUACGCCACUCUACCUCGUGAAAUCGUCUGUACUGAGAAUCUGACCCCAUGGAAGAAGCUUCUCCCUUGUGGCUCCAAGGCCGGUCUGGCUGUGCUGCUGAAGUCUGAAAAAUUGUUCCACAGCAGUUACCACUCAGAAGCUGUACACAUCAGAACUGUUUGUAAGGACUGGCAGUGUAAGAGCCCAGCAUGGGAGUUGAGACAGUCUCUGAAUGUGGUGUUUGAUCUGUACACAUCAGGACAGGGUAAAAAAGAGUGGUCCUUGUUCAAGAUGUUUUCUCGUACCCUGACUGAAGCCUGCCCUGUUGCUUCUUCCAGUAAAGUUUAUGUUGAUGUCACAGACAACCCACAGGGGGAGCUGUUUGACCUGAGCCCAGCCACUACACUCUAUAGCCAAGCUGUUGUUUUGGGAGAUCGCAGGACCUACUCAGUGUAUGACUUAACAAAACCUGAAACUUUUGGAACAAUGCGAUCACUCAAUCCCUUGCUACGCUGGAAAGCAGAUGCUGGUGAUAUGCUUCGUCCUCUUCUGCAUGGCGAAAGGUAUGUGGCUGGAUUUGGGUUGCAGACAGGUGAGAUUCACACUCUGAUUUAUAACAAUCACCCAUACCGGGCCUUCCCUGUGCUGCUGCUGGACACUGUUCCCUGGUACCUGCGCCUGUACAUCCACACACUCAAAGUUAUCAGCAAGACACGAGACAACAAACCCAGCUACAUACACUAUCAGCCAUCUAAAGAUCGUGUGAGUUCACAUCUGCUGGAGAUGCUGAUCCAGUUGCCUCCUCAUUCAGUCACAGAGGUGACGGUUCAGUUUGAGAGAGCUCUGCUCAAAUGGACUGAAUACACCCCGGACCCUAACCAUGGCUUCUAUGUAGGAUCCUCUGUAAUUAGCGCCCUUGUGCCCAGCAUUGUCGCUAUGGAUACCAACAAUACUCAAGAACGCCCACUAUUCAGCAGCUUUUUCCCCUGUAAAGAGGAGUCCAGCUACUUCAUGCGAGUGUACACAGAGCCCUUGCUAGUGAACUUGCCAACUCCAGACUUUAGCAUGCCCUAUAAUGUGAUCUGCCUCACUUGCACAGUGGUGGCUGUGGGCUACGGAUCUUUCUACAACCUUGUGACCAGAACCUUCCAGGUGGAGGAGCCAAGUCCGGGCCUGGCCAGACGUUUGGCCAACGUCAUACGCAGGAUACGGGGAGUUCCACCGCUCUGAUUCUCCAGUCAGACACACGUUCUCUUUUUCUAUGUGUGUGUGGGCGAGAGAGACAUCUCAGCACCACUGGUUUUGGACUUCUGGAGAAAUAUUUCAGCCUUAUAAGCACUGGAAUAAGUCAUGGCUGUUUUUUUAAAUGAUUUUCUUUGGAGAAGGCAGGAUAAGAACAGAUGCAGAAUUCCUUUUGGAUGAACUUGGUUAUGGGGUUUUGUCAUGUAAUAGAAUGAAUUUUUAUGUUGCAGUUGUCGAUCUGAAAGGGGGAGGGAGUAAGUUAUUCUGUUGUGGCUUUUUGGAGAAGUGCAUGGCUUUGAUUUGUUGAACUCUUUCCAGAAUAGCCUGGAAGAAACACUGGAGACACUUAAUAGGAAUCUGAUUGGUUCCAUACACAGCACGCACAAGCAGACCAUUUUUCUGUGCUCCGUGAAUUUUACCACAUGCCAGAAUGUUGACAGUGGAACUGCUAAUUGUAUUGCACCCAUUUUAGAAAGACUGUUUUUGGGAAGAGGGAUGUGGCUUUUUUGAGCAGCUGUCCUCAGUGUUUCACUUGCAUUUUUCUAAACCUCUCUUGUUUUAAUUAUUACUUACAUUUUUAUAUAUGUAUUUCCAACAGGAAACUUGAACAAACCUCAAAAAAAAAAAAAUUCAGUUGGAAGGAAUGAAGAAUGUGAUAUUCUGCACAUUACAUGGUACCAUUGAAGUGCAUGUCUGUUCCCAAUGUUUAAACUAGCUUUGUGGACUAACUUGAGAAUCUUCAUGAUGAAUGAAUUAAAACAGGUUGAGUACAGUGAACUUUGUGAGUACGCUCAGCUCUGCAAAGCAGCUGCUUUUGGGAGCAUAGGAACAUUGAUUUAGAGGAAUGUUACUUUUUAUGUGGGGGGGGGAUAUCUGGCUGCAGCA